AUGGCUGAACAAAGUGAUAAGGUGAUAGGUGAAAGUGAGGCUUCAAAUGCAGCAAGUCAUGCUGAGAUAACUCUGUCAGCUAGUGCUAAAAGAAGGAGAAAAAGGUCUGCUGCUUGGGAUCAUUUUACAGAAGUUGAAACUUCCGAAGGUACGAAAGCAAAAUAUAGCCAUUGCUGUAAGUUGUACUAUUUUAAGUCAAGAGAUGGUACGUCGACUCUUCUUGGUCAUUUGUCGACAUGUCCUAAACUUCCUACUCCUCUUGUUGAUAAAAAACAAUCAACCAUAGGCUUUAAAUCUAUUCUAGGGGGAAGUCAAGGUGAUGUAGCUGUUGUCUCUUGGAAAUUUGACCAAGAAGAGUGUAGGAAGGCUUUAUGUCGUAUGGUAAUAGUUGAUGAGCUUUCUUUUAGCUUUGUCGAAAAAGAAGGUUUUAAAGAAUUUAUGAAAAUGGCUCAACCUCAUUUUUGGAUCCCAUCCCGUAGUACUGUAACUAGGGACUGUUUUAAUUUGUUUAAUGAAGAAAAACAAAAGUUAAGGAGGUAUUUUAUAGAAACAAAACAAAGAAUUUGUAUUACCACUGACACAUGGACUUCUAUACAAAGGAUCAAUUACAUGUGUAUCACUGCCCAUUGGAUCGAUAGUGAUUGGAACAUGCGUAAGAAAAUACUUAAUUUUUGUCCUAUUAUUAGCCAUAAAGGUGAAGAUAUGGCAAAUGGUAUUAGUAGGUGCUUAUGUGAGUGGGGGAUAAAUAAGAUCUUUACUAUCACAGUUGAUAAUGCAAGCUCAAAUGACGUGACAGUGAAAGAAUUGUCUAAGCAAUUAACAAAAAUGGGAACUAAUUUAAUGAAUGGUAAUCACCUUCACGUGAGGUGUAUGGCUCAUAUCAUGAAUCUUGUUGUUCAGGAUGGUUUAAAAGAAUGCUCUUUGUCUAUAGAACGUGUUAGACAUGCAGUUAGAUAUGUUAGGCAGUCUCCUGCGAGGUUGAAAAGAUUUCAAGAAAGUUGUGACGAUGAACAACUUAGUUGCAAAAAAUCUUUAUGCUUAGACGUUCCAACUAGGUGGAAUUCCACCUACCUGAUGUUGAGUAGGGCUGUUGAAUUUGAGAAUGCAUUUUCAAAUUAUGCUUCACGUGAAAUUGGCCUGAGACAUUAUCUUGAAAAUUCUUAUGUUGAAACUGGAAUCACUGCUGGUGAACUUUUGAGUAGUGAUUGGGUCCAUGUGAAAAGAAUUACCAGAUUUCUUGAGAUAUUUUAUCUUCUUACUUUGAAAAUAUCUGGAUCACGUUAUGUUACGUCAAAUAUUCAUUUUCUUGAAAUUUGUGCUGUUGCUGUUUAUUUGAAUCAAUUGAUGGCAAGCGAAGACACUGGUUUAAGCGAUAUGGCAAAAAAAAUGCAAGAAAAAUUUAAUAAGUAUUGGGGAGAUCCAGCAAAAAUGAAUAAGAUAAUUUUCAUUUCGUGUAUUUUGGAUCCUCGUUACAAGCUUGAAUCAGUUAGCUAUGCACUUGUAAAGAUGUUUGGUGAAAAAGGGCCAUCUAUACAAGCAGAAAUAAAGAAGUACAUGACUUCAUUAUUUAGCGAGUAUGUAAAAUCCAACUCAAAAGGCAGUGUGCUUGCUCAAUCUUCACCUUGCUCUUCACUGGACACUUCUACUUCUGGGCUUCCUAACAGUCAAGUAAGUACCCAAAGUACAGGACUUUUAGAAUCAUUCAUGAAAGAUCUAAAGAACUAUAAAACAGCGAAUGGAGGUGUGGAUGCUAGAACGGAGUUAGAUAAAUAUUUUGGUGAAGAAACUGAGGAUGAUAGUAAAGAAUUUAACAUCCUAAACUGGUGGAAAAUGAACUCGGCUAGAUUUCCUAUUCUUGCUGAAAUGGCUCGUGAUGUAUUAGCUGUACCAGUUUCAAGUGUAGCAUCUGAAUCUGCAUUUAGUACGGGAGGACGUCUUCUUGAUUCAUUUAGGAGUUCAUUGACUCCUAAUUUAGUGCAAGCUCUAGUGUGUCUUCAAGAUUGGCUUCGAAGUGAAAAAUUACAACAAUCUGUUAGCGUUGAGGAAGAUCUUAAUAAUCUCGAACAGCUUGAACAAGUGUUUGUGCAUUAUCUGUUUCACAUUUUUGGGGCUUUGUACAAUUUCCUCACUAUUGCCAACCCAGCUGGUUCAUUAGUAUUCUCAAGUCUUGUUGCUAGUAGUAUAUAUGACAUGGAAGCUGAGAAGCAAGCUCAAAAGCCACAUGAAGGACAGUUGAAUUUGGAGUCAGUUUUGACAAGUUUUUUUACACAUGGAUGA